CUCAGACCUGAGCUAUUAGCCGCUACAAUAGUCAAUAACCUACACCUAUACAUCUUUCGUAUAUCUUUUGAAGAGAGCAAGACGUCUUGUAAAAAACUCUAUAACAUAAAAUAUUAUGUUCCUUAUUACAUGCUAAAAUCAAGAAAUACAAUUUGGAUAACUAUAUAAAAGGACAAUUCUCAAAGGACUGCAGGCAAAAAAAAUGCUUUUAAAUAAAGGUUUACGAUCAACAUUAAGGUUGCCGAUGAAUUGCAUGAAAACGUAUAGCUGUUUUCUUAAGAGAUUCUCGGUUUAUGACUUAGUACAUCAAGAUUUGUUAAGAUAUGAGAAUCAGAAAAUGAACGUUCCUUCAGAUCUGAAAGGUUUGCUCGAUACUUUUAAUGCACCGAUACAAGUUGCAAUAGGAUAUGGCAGCGGUGUUUUUCAGCAAGCGGGUUAUGGAUCGACUGCAAAACCAAUGGUCGACUUUAUUUUUCAAGUGGAUAAUCCGGUCCGAUGGCAUGAAUUGAAUAUCCAACAAAAUCCCUCCCAUUAUUCAUUCUUGAAGUACCUAGGACCUAAAAUUAUAGCAAAUGUUCAAGAUAAUUAUGGCGCUAAUAUUUAUUAUAAUACGCAAGUAAGAGUCGGGAAUAGCUAUAUAAAAUACGGAGUCAUAAAAAGGGAAUCGUUCAUUGAAGAUUUAGAGAAUUGGAGUACUCUUUACACAGCUGGACGAUGUCAAAAACCGGUGGCUUUAUUUCAAGGAGAGGAUAUUUUUUUCCCGCUUAAUCAUCGAAAUUUAGAACAGGCUGCUUCUGUUGCUUUAUUUAUGCUUCCAGAUGAGUUCUCCGAAUUUGAAUUUUACAAAGCUAUAGUAAACCUUUCUUAUUUGGGCGAUAUACGCAUGUCGUUUUUAGCAGAAAAUCCAAAAAAGGUAGAUAAUAUUGUUUCAAAGCAGCUUUUUUACUUCCGAAAGCUAUAUUUACCUAUCUUAUACUCGAGAUAUGGCGUAGAGUUCCCUCAUCAUCAUUCGAAUUUGCAUGAGCUAAAUAGUAAUGACCCUACUUUUUUGUUGAAAAUUGAGCAUAAUUCCUCUAAAAAAGCCAAUGAUUAUUUUAAUGCUUUUCCUAGCAAAUUUAGAGAUUUAAUUUUGUCAGCUGCUCGAGUUCACGGUUUUAAUGAAAACGACUUAUGGUUACGGACGUCUAUUCAAAAUCGACAAAUGCUAAGCAUUAUAGCAUUGAAGCAUCUAACUCAAAGGUCGAUAUUGACGCAGAGUGCCAAAGGUGUAUUAACCGCUGGCUUAUACCGUUCAAUUAGUUACUCUUUAGAAAAACUAAAAAAAGGACUGUUUCGUUUUUCCAGGUAAAAACAAAAACAAAGGUCUUUCAUUGCUGUCCUUUAUUACACGUCUACAUGGAACUUGCAAGAAUAUCUGUUAAAAAUAGUAGACUAGAAAUCUAUAUGUUAAUUUAAAUUUUUUUUUCUUAAUUUUUAUAAUACAUAUCGUUUUUUCUUUUCAG